UGGGAUUAUCUUCGACCACAUCUCUAUAAAUCGAAUCCUUUCAACGCGGCCGACCUUGUAUCGGCUAUAAGGUCUCCCUUCUUCUGCUGAAGGAAGUCCUUACUGCUUCCCUUUUUCUCUUUUCUUCAGAUUUUUCCUAUCUCCAAACAAAGAUUUAGAAGUUUGUUGCUUCCCAGUCUCAGGAGUCAUGGCUAGGGCUCUGGUUCAGUCAACCAAUAUCUUUGCUUCAGUUGCUGAUGGGAAGCAUGGAAAGUUUCAAGGGUCUGAGAGAACCAAAAAGUCUGUCAAAAUGAUGUGUAAUGUCCAAGCACCUGGAUUGAGGAUCAGAGGCUUCUCAGGAUUGCGAGGAGCCAAUGCUUUAGAUAAUUUGGUGAGAUCAGGCCAUGAUUUCCAUUCCAGAGUGGCAGCUGCUAUUUCUGUUCGGGGAGGAAAGGCUAGUCGAUGUGUAGCUAGAGCUAUGUUUGAGCGCUUCACUGAGAAAGCAAUUAAAGUUAUUAUGCUUGCACAAGAGGAAGCAAGAAGACUUGGUCACAAUUUUGUUGGCACUGAGCAGAUUCUGUUGGGUCUUAUUGGGGAAGGCACUGGUAUUGCUGCUAAGGUCCUUAAAUCCAUGGGAAUCAAUCUGAAAGAUGCCCGUGUGGAAGUGGAAAAGAUAAUUGGAAGGGGCAGUGGAUUUGUUGCUGUUGAGAUUCCAUUUACGCCUCGAGCAAAGCGUGUUUUGGAACUUUCGCUGGAGGAAGCUCGGCAACUUGGCCAUAACUAUAUUGGAUCGGAGCACUUGCUUCUGGGACUACUUCGUGAAGGCGAAGGUGUAGCUGCCCGUGUUCUUGAGAAUUUAGGUGCUGACCCUAGUAAUAUUCGCACUCAGGUCAUUCGUAUGGUGGGUGAGAGUACAGAAGCUGUUGGUGCUGGUGUUGGAGGAGGAACCACUGGCAAUAAGAUGCCAACGUUGGAGGAGUAUGGUACCAAUUUAACAAAGCUGGCAGAGGAGGGUAAAUUGGACCCUGUUGUUGGAAGGCAGCAACAAAUAGAGCGUGUAACCCAAAUUUUGGGUCGACGGACUAAAAAUAACCCAUGCCUCAUUGGAGAACCUGGCGUUGGAAAAACAGCAAUUGCAGAAGGCCUUGCACAAAGAAUUGCAACUGGUGAUGUUCCAGAAACGAUUGAGGGGAAGAAGGUUAUAACAUUGGAUAUGGGUCUCCUUGUUGCUGGAACAAAAUAUCGCGGAGAGUUUGAGGAAAGAUUGAAGAAGCUAAUGGAAGAAAUCAAACAAAGUGAUGAGAUAAUACUCUUCAUUGAUGAGGUACACACCUUAAUUGGAGCAGGAGCAGCAGAGGGGGCGAUUGAUGCUGCUAACAUCUUGAAGCCAGCUCUUGCAAGGGGUGAACUGCAGUGUAUCGGAGCCACAACACUGGAUGAAUACAGGAAGCACAUUGAGAAAGACCCUGCCUUGGAAAGGAGAUUCCAGCCAGUCAAAGUGCCUGAACCAUCUGUGGAUGAAACCAUACAAAUUUUGAAAGGGCUUCGGGAGCGGUAUGAGAUCCAUCACAAGCUCCGGUAUACAGAUGAAGCUUUGGUAUCUGCUGCCCGACUGUCAUACCAGUACAUUAGUGAUCGAUUUCUUCCUGAUAAGGCAAUUGACUUGAUCGACGAAGCUGGUUCUCGGGUUCGACUUCGUCAUGCACAGCUUCCAGAGGAAGCAAGAGAGCUUGAGAAAGAGCUCAGACAGAUCACUAAAGAGAAGAAUGAAGCAGUACGAAGCCAAGAUUUUGAGAAGGCCGGUGAAUUACGUGAUAGAGAAAUGGAUCUAAAGGCACAGAUCUCAACCCUCAUAGACAAAGGCAAGGAGAUGACCAAGGCAGAGACUGAGGCAGGAGAUAUAGGUCCUAUGGUGACAGAAGUGGACAUUCAGCACAUUGUAUCUGCUUGGACUGGCAUCCCUGUUGAGAAAGUGUCAACUGAUGAAUCUGAUCGUCUCCUCAAGAUGGAGGAGACCCUCCACAGACGAGUCAUUGGUCAGGAUGAAGCUGUUAAAGCCAUCAGCCGUGCUAUUCGCCGAGCUCGUGUUGGACUCAAGAAUCCCAACCGUCCAAUUGCCAGCUUCAUCUUUUCUGGUCCAACUGGUGUAGGAAAGUCAGAAUUGGCAAAAGCACUAGCUGCUUACUAUUUUGGUUCUGAAGAAGCCAUGAUCCGUCUUGAUAUGAGUGAGUUCAUGGAGAGACACACAGUCUCCAAACUGAUUGGUUCACCUCCUGGUUAUGUUGGUUAUACUGAGGGUGGUCAGUUGACUGAGGCUGUUAGACGCCGACCUUAUACAGUGGUUCUCUUUGAUGAAAUUGAGAAGGCUCACCCUGAUGUCUUCAACAUGAUGCUUCAGAUUCUUGAGGAUGGCAGGUUGACAGACAGCAAGGGCCGAACUGUGGACUUCAAGAAUACUCUUUUGAUAAUGACAUCCAAUGUUGGAAGCAGUGUGAUCGAGAAGGGAGGCCGCAGGAUAGGAUUUGAUCUCGAUUACGAUGAAAAGGAUAGCAGUUACAACCGAAUUAAGAGCUUGGUGACAGAGGAACUGAAACAAUAUUUCAGGCCAGAGUUCUUGAAUAGAUUGGAUGAGAUGAUUGUUUUCCGACAGCUCACUAAGCUGGAGGUGAAGGACAUUGCUGAUAUAAUGCUGAAGGAGGUGUUUGAAAGGCUGAAGGCCAAGGACAUAGAACUUCAGGUGACCGAGAGGUUUAGAGAUAGAGUGGUGGAUGAAGGGUACAACCCCAGUUAUGGUGCAAGGCCACUGCGAAGAGCCAUAAUGAGACUUUUGGAGGACAGCAUGGCUGAGAAGAUGCUUGCAAGGGAAAUCAAAGAAGGCGAUUCGGUAAUUGUGGAUGUUGAUUCUGAUGGAAAUGUCACUGUGCUCAAUGGCAGCAGUGGUGCUCCACCUGAGUCAUUACCAGAGGCAAUGCCUGUGUAAACAGUCUUCCCUUCAAACUUUUACAGAUCUAUUGUUAGUACUUUUAUUAUUUAAAGUGGGCUUUAGUUGUAGUCUCUUUUCUUUUAAAGACUACUUGGAAGUUAGAAUAUUGGAAGCCAUUUUAUGAAUUGGUUUUAUUUCCUGGUACUUGUGGAUAUUUCAUAGAUGAAUCUAUAUAUGACUGAAAUAGUUCCAUGCCA